AUGGAUUUUGUCAAUAUUCUUCUCCUAGGCGUUGUCCUAUUUCCAAACUAUUCAAGGCACCAUCUUAUUUUUUGAUGAUAUUUUUAAGGACGCAACAGUUGGGAUCAACAAGUUCCCAGCUAGUUCUCCCUAAGUCGAUCAAGGAUUACACUUAUUUCAAUGUUUCUGGGUGCUCCGUCUUCUUCGCCCAAAAGGUUGAGCUUAUAGUAGACAAAAAUGGAACCCUUUCAAGCUUUACUCUUCCUCCAAAUCAGAAAUAUUUAUCCAACAGUUCGUGCUCAGUAAGUGGUACGAGCAAACUUUCGUUUGAGUGGAAUUCUCUGCCCAGUCCGAGCCACUUUAAGUCCGUUAGCUUGUCGUAAGUUCCCAUUCACUAGCUCAUCGCCUGUAAGGUUGGUGUUCCAAUUGCUUGGAAACAGUAUGUGGAAUCUGAAAUCUGGGUUUAUAUUCUUGGACGGUGCGAUGCACAAUCUGUCUCUUACAAUACCAUACACUCCUAAAUCAUACGGAUUCAAGUGCACAAAAAUGGACCCCGCCUCCGCUGUUGGGUCUACACCUCCGGCGCAAAUCGUAUUUACUGGCUUGCAGGUAAGGUUGGUGCUAUGGGGUUAUCUUAAAUACUUCAAGGUAUGUUUUCAUGACUGCUGGUUUUCUCCUCUGUAUCCGACUUUUGAAACCCAACUUCUCACAGUACCGAUUACCAACUGUUGUUCGCCUUCCUCCGUCUUCGUGGUUGUAGAUCCACCCGGGAGCCGUCUAUUUUUUCAAAUUUAUUUAACAAAUGACACUCAUGCUUACUUAACUAAAUAUGCUAGGUGCCCCCCCCCCCCUUUAUCUUUUUUGCGAGAUCAGUCUUUGGAGACAGUGUCACCGUUGUGCAUGACUAUGUCUACCGUGUGCCCCACGGCCCGAUGGGCGCGGAUGGUGACUUGCUCACGAAUUGUUUUCUCGUGAUAACUGGUUUGCGCAGCAUCUGCUGCCCCCUCUUCUCCCUCGUCAGCCGGGUCUGGUGGCAAAACAAAGUCAGGGCCACCGAAGGCGGGCUCGGGCGCAUCUACUGACAAAACUAAAAAGCCGUUACAAGCGAAGAUACGAGUCCGAGGAACUAGUUGAAAGUAGGAGCGAUCGCUGGAAUAAGGGCUUUAUUAACCUAUUAUUUCGUAUUCUCGCUCGAACUCAUCAUUAGAGACGGUGACAGAAACGUUUCUGUCACUGUUUUAUCCUUACCCUCAUUUCGCCAGCCAGUCACUACACGUACACAUGGGACUGACUGCGCGGACCUAGUUAUCUUAUCAGUUGUCAGCCUUCCAACCCCUGACUUUUAGCGCACAGCUGUAGUUUAAAAGCGCGUCAGAUUUAGCAUAAUGAGGAAUGAGCUGAAGUGCUGUGUGCACGGGGCCUCCGGAGUCGGCCUCACUUUCCCUUCCCUCUCCAGUGACCAGUUGGCUGUCUGAGCCUGUUUGCCAUCUGGCGUUCGGGUGUGGCGCACUGGCUGACAGCUACAGCAGCUUGCCUGCAUGUGUGACACACGAUCUGAUCAGACACUGGGUUGCGUUACAGAGCAUGUCCCCCACUGGCGUGAGAGAUGCAUGUUCCGUUCCUGAUAGGAUCGAGCGCAUGGACUGACAGCUACGCUAGUUAAUCUACGUGCGCCACACAUGACCUGGUUACCAAGUCAUGCGUUUGGGUACAACAAGGAACGUGCCUCCGACUUGCCUGAGAGGUGCGUGUUUUGUUCAGGUGGUAGGUGAUAUGAGGCUGGUUUGUGGUAUGGGAAUGUGUGGGCUGAGGGGAAAUGACUGGACGGGGUGCGCUAAUGGGGCUUGAACCGCGGUUUUUUACCGCAAAUUUUCAUGGAGGCGCAUAUUGCCGAGUAGGCUCAUGCGGGGACUGAAUAUCCGUUGGCAGUGCGAGCAGCUGAGGUGGGUGCGACGUGUGUGUUAGGGCUCCUAUUCGCCAUUUUGUGUUUUGGAUUCGCAAGUGGCUGACCGGGUCAUUGCGUGAUAUGAAGGCGAGGUUGCAAGGAACCGGUUGGGAUCGAGCCUGCAUUGUAGGUAGGGGGGCGGUCGUGGUAACAGUGGUCGAGGUUGUGCUGUGUGACAGGGCGCCAGGAGUGUUUUGCUUGAUGGUUGUGCUCUUCGUCACCGUCGACUCAGGGCCUGUGUUAUUGGCGGCGGUGGUGGUGGGCAACCGAGCAUCGGGAGUCUGCUUGCCAAUAGCGGUCGACGUCGUUAGGACAGAGGCGGUUUUUGAGAUGGGGAGGUGCUGCGUUGGUAGCGCAUCGGGUCCAGAGAUUUUUCGACGAGGCCGUUCAGUUGGCAUCGUGCGUAUGAUGGAAGGGGUGGUUGUUGGAAUUUUUGGUCUGUGAGAUUCGGGACUUGCUAUUCACCACUUUUGCUUUGGCAGUGGAGACCUGGCUGGCCUCGUAGAUUGUUGCACUAGCGUUUGCGGCUGUUCUUCAGGCCCGUCGAUCCUUGGCACGCUCCGCCCAGGUGCCCGGGUCUAUUUGUAGGUUAUUGAUGGAAAUUUUCAGUGUUCUUGUAACGUCUUCUCGUUCCUACCUAUCGACAAGCACGCGCGGUGACUUUGCUGUAGAAUAAUCACCUGGGUAGGCGCCCGUCGUCCAACCCCAUGACGUGGUUAUCUAUCGUAGUUCGAUUUGCCACUACAUGGCGUGGACGCUGCGGAUGCUGGUUCGUUCCAGGACUUCCGUAUCUGUGAUUCUGCCCUGCCGCAUCAACCUUCGUAUUCUCCGGAGGCAGCUGUGGUGGAAGUGGUUGAGGCUCCUUGCCUCGUUCUUGUACACUGUCCAGGUUUCUGCCACGUACAGUAGCAUUGUCAGGAUAACGGCUCGGCACAUCUUCUGUUUCGUGUUGAGUUAGAGUUCGCAGUGAUUCCAAACUGAGUCCUGUAGCUGGCCGAAUGCCUGGCUGAGUUUGGAAACUCCAUGGGCCACUUCGUCGAUCUCGACAUUCCUUGAAAUUGUACUUCUGGAGAAUGCAAGUUUGUCCACCGAUAAAUGUUGUGUUCUAUUGACAUAGAUAUGGGAUCAGUGCGACUCCGUUUUGGGCGCCGGUUGGCGCAUGGCCGUGUUGCUUGUCCAUUCGAAGUUGAAGCAACCGGAGGCGAGGAGGCCUACACUCCGCUGUAUGUCAUCUUCCGUUGUGAUGUCAAAUGUGCAUUCGUCUGCGAACGGUAGGUUGUGAGUAAGGGUUAGUAAAGCGAUUUCCAGUGUCACCUGCGAAGUAGGCAGUUGCGGACCAGUAGCAGUGUUAGUUGUGUGCCGAUGGCUGCCUGGAGUGACUUCCCUAUAAAAUACACCAGGAAAUGAUGAGCGUGAGCCCUAGUUAAAUAAUUUAUUCAGCCUCUGGUACCCUUAGGACUGGGCCUCCGCUCAACGGACGAGUUGAGGACCAAGGAAGCCGAAUUGCACCAAAUCCCAUGAGUCUCUUUUCUACAAGUUUAUCAACUCCAGACCUUGACCCGUACCGCGAUGUGCAUGUUCCUUUGAGUGACCGAGCCAAAGUUUCACUUGUGUGCUGUGUCGAGGGUUAUACUUGUGCGUCCUUGUAUUGUUGUUGUCAACUCUGCAGUCGCUGCGGUCUACGUCCAACGCCGAAAGUUGAUAGGGUACAGAGAAAGGACAUUUAUGACCAACUUCAGACUGAUGUCAGACCGGCCCGUACGCGCCACUUUCUGUCACUUGCGAUAGUUCGGUAUGUCAAGACGGGAGGGGGGAUGUGAUAUCCAUUAAGCGGGCCCUCGGCCAUUACGCAGUACGCCUACAUAAUAAGUCUUGUCAGUUUUUUGUAAUCAGGACGGCCACAAGCACACAAGUAAGAUAGUACGAACAAAUUGGGUCGCAGUAAUCACUGCAGUAUUCUAGCAUUGGGCUUUAUUCCUUUUACACCUGAAGUACGAGAAGCAGAGCAGUGAUUAAUGAGAUAGAACUGGAUCGAGGCAGUAAGUUAGCAUGACAGUUUCACUGCGCUGAGUCGUGCGAUCAUUGCAAAUACUUCUAACCGACGCCCCAGGAGACAUCUGUUCACUUAAUUAUCAGUGAUGGGUAUGCAGUGCUGAACCCUCUGGUGUGCCGGCAUCAGUCGGGAAAAUGGCGUUGAGCACACUCUUGUGUGGACUUCGCUACGUGCGUGCGACAAACUGUGAUGUCUAAGUCCUUAUGGAUUCUUGCUUGUUCGCCUCCAACCGCUUCGCCACGCUGAGUGGACAACCACUUUUAAGUCCUUAUCGUUAAGAAGCAAGUCACUUAAACUGAAGCAUACUCAUCGGCCUGCCUCGCAGAAGGCUUUAGUUCACAACAGGCGGCGCCUCAAAGAGCGGGUCUCCGGUGAAAAGACAGAACUGGUUUGUAUUGCAAGGACUACCCGAUUUUGGACCGGAUCGAGCUUCAAGAACCAGUAUUAUAUGAUCACGCGCCCUACGUAGCAGGACAAAAACAUAUUUUGGAGUUGAACUGUAUGAGAUCGCAAAAACCCUCAGUAAAUGACAAUAUAGGGAGGACGUAUCCGAUUCCAAAAUUGAGUUAAUCCUCUAAGUCACCCGCCUACCCUGCUGAUCAGAGUCCAUAACGCAUCGGCAGCGUCAGUUUUAGAAAAAAACUCCCCGACUGAAGAAUUUUGUUCAGCUUCUGAGCCUGUCCGGCCUGGCUCACCCGACUGCUGUCCAGUUAAAAGACGCCUUGGUGUCCGAGUAUGAUCGUAACUGCAGCCGAAGUCUGCGGAGGAGAUCCAUCCGGAGUUAACGAGGCCGAAAAACCGCAAAGCGUCUGGUGAGGGCUGCCCUCCUGCUGAAAUCUAUGGUUGGCGUUGAACGGUACAGCUAAACGACUUGACCAGGAUCUAGGAAGCAGAGGCCGUUCCCACGGAAUAGAGCCGCACUACGGACAAAUCGAUCUUUACGGAAGGCAACAUACCAUGGCGCUAGAACAGCCACAGCGUGGGUCUUCACAAAAUUGCUGUGGAGGUCUUAGCCGUCGUCCUCAUCAGUCGCUUAUCCUUGUACCUUGGCUCGCGGAGAAGUAGUCACUGCAGUAUUCAAUCAGGCGGAUGUUUUAAUCGGCACCUCUUUCUUCGACAAACUGUUGAGCACGGUUUCCUUUAAGAACAGCUGACACGUAUGUUUCUUGGACUUCGCCACUGCAGUUGACUCCAUUCAUGCAGAUCCUCUGUGGUCGGUCAUACUGCAUACUGGAAAGUCACAGGUCUUCCGAUUAACUCAAACCUGCUAUCACAAAACAAGGAUCGAAGUCCAUUUGAACUUCGGUCUGCGCACUACGGAUGUGAGUUACGCCGGUGACGUGGUCCUGAAGAUGAUUCAGGCAACAUAAGUGCCUGAGUUAAUUCUUCUACCUCAGGCCCUUCCUGGUCGGGGAAAUGGUGAGGUUCUUAAGCCAAUGUACAGCUUAUGCUACGUUGGGCCGAGCUUUUUGGCAGGUGGACAGCAUAAAGGUGAAAUCAGCCUUCGAAUAAUUAGACGCCCACGGUGUUUGUCCAACUAUACCAAGACCUGUGGACCCUGCGUUAGACUAGUAUACAGACCAAACUACAAGUAUGCGAGGCUUUUGUGAGGACGGUUCUUCUCUGUAGAGGUGUGUGCUCCAAAUAUAUAGUUUAUCUGUAAGUAUUCGACCGACGGUACUUGCGUUCUCCGUAAGGUGCUUCAUAUCCCAUCUCUAUCAGCUAGUCAGGAACAGAGCCUAUCAACAGUGCCCUCACCGCUUACCGACUGAGAUGAUUCGACCAUAUGCACCACCUAUUUUACGAUAAAAUUGUUUAGGAUGUCAUUUUUUCCUGGUUGGUGACGACGUAAAGGUGGCUAACUGGCCGUAUAGACUCGGUAAAAACUAACUCUGAUUGCAUGUCUGGCCCAAUGGUCUCUGGUCUGAGGGACCGGAAUGCCUGCCGGCUCAACUCCGCUGUCACCCUACUCAAAUGGAGGACGAACAUUCGUGAUGUGGUUGAUCAGGAACAUGAAGCCGGCGGAAUCAAUCCUAGUUAACGCUGUUACUAGUAUAAGAAUGCGAGAGUGCAACCACCCUUAAAAAUCCCGAACUGUGACAGCGGCGGCUUACUGAACAGGUAAACAUGUCGAGGGGCAUUUUAACGGCGAUUCCAUAUACGUAGUUUAUUUUUCGACAGAAAAGUAACUCCGUUGACCCGGGAUGGAUUAAGGUAAAAGACCCUGUUAGCCUUCAUUACGUUUGACUAACCCCGUUACAGGAUCGGAAUAAAUGUGGAUACCCAAGAUGGCUCGUGGAAGGCAGACCUGGCCCUUCUACAGAUACAAUUUAUUGCAUAACCUCCUUUUUGUCAACAGGCGUCAAGGCCAUACGGAUUGCUACACGCAACCAAACUAUUUUCAAAAAUUACCCCUAAAUACCUGAGUUAGGCAUGGCCAACUCCCGAAUAUUUCAGGCUCUUCUAAAAGAUAUUUCAGUCACUGUCAGUGGUUACGAAAUUGUUUCUCGUCCGUCGGACUGCGACCUAUUUUCGCUGGAUUGGACGACACUAGUGCCAUCUUCAAGCAUUACCUAAGGCACUGAACGCAGAGCAGACGAGGCUUGCUAUUUCACUUUACCUUACAGGGGAGCGGAUGAAGAAGCGAAAAAGUGUCUUGCAACCGGUGCUAUAACCUCUCUCGGUUUCCCACAUCAAAUUGAUUCUUAAGCUCAGUGUACAUUGCCACUCGGCGGGAGAUUUUUCCACGGACAGAAAACCGGACAUCUGUACACAGUAAAUCUCCCUAAGCCCACAGGCAUCCAAAAAGGGAAACCUGCCCGACCAUUUAGGCCACGCGGUUCAGACCGACAUAGUCAUUGUGUCUUUGAGGGUCACUGGUCGUCUCUUGCGUUUACUACUUGGCGUGACCGUGGAUGGCUUCAUCUUUGUAAUAAUCAAACAUUUUAGCCGAAACACUCAACGCAACUCUCAAAAGAAUAAAUUGAAGUAGUUGGCGUCGAACAAAAUCCGCAAAAAUGUCAACGUAACAGCUGAGGCCCUGCAAGUUCUAUUAUGAAAGGUAGCAGUGCAAAAGAACCAUCAAAAAUUAUAAGACUGGGUUACACCUAUGCGGACGUCUUCUGGAAGAGUUCCAAAGGACGGCGUGGGAUGGUUGGAACCUAAAAGCACGCCAAACCAGCUGUUAUAGGAAAGAGUUCCUUUCUGAUCAUCAUGUUCUUACACAACCCAAGCCCUCCCUAUGUAGCUGGAGAUCGGAAUUAACCGGGAUGACUAAUAACAUCAUCAUUGGUAUAUUCAACACAAGUUACUGGACGACUUUUUGUCAUCACUAUGGUUCGAAAAGAGGUGGGGGGCCGAAUGGCGCCUCUUAGUACUCUGGUUAUUGCAAGAGUAAAUUUUUCGUCACCUGAUUGGGCAGGUUAUGUUAGGGAAGGAAAACGAUCUACGAACCAAAAUGCAGUGUGGUACAUGUUACCACGCCGUUGCGCGAAUAUAAUGAAUGCAGGUCCACGGUAAUGGUUUGAGAACUUUUAUGACAUGACAUCGCGCGCCAGCUGCGUUUCUUAAAAAGCGCCUUUCUGUAGCUUCCUUAGCCCGAGUAGAAGCUCUAUAACUCAGCAUAAGGCUGCUUACUGGUCGCUCCAGCUCGUUCUACAUCCUUGGCGCAUCGCAGCCAUCCUGAGUACUAGCCUGGUCCUGAAAGGCUUUCUUUGUCCGCCUUUGAACUAAGAUGGGAGAUCUCUCUCAGGUCUAUUGCAAUCUCACGUUCGAUACAACCUUCCACAUCGUCAUCCGGAACGAUUCAGUGGAAAGUCUCGACUGUCAGACCGCUCACCCACUAUAUAUCUGAAGGGGUUCUGUCAACACCGCGGUACCCUAGUUUAUAUUUGCCAAGCGGGUAUAUUAAUUCCUCAGCAUGGCCUUAUGGGAGACAACACAGAUCAAAAGUACAUACAACUCGGUGGUCGACCAGUUGCAGGCCGUUACUCAUGCUUACCAUUUCGUUAUACCGUAUAUGCUGUGCGUCGUGAGUGGAUCCACGGUGAAAAUUAAAUUUUUUAACUUUCCUGGAAUUCAAAAAGAACUAGCAUGGUUACAGGGCGACAAAAUCACGUGAAGGAAGCCUAUAUGGACUUAUUUCGUUGUAUAGUCUUGCCACCUUCCAAGAAAAAAAACGGCAUAACUUUGUAUCCACCUGGUUUAAGCAAAACAGUAGAUGAAUCGUGACUGAGCUCCUGCCACACCACCUACUGUGAUGCUUUAUCCGAUUGUAAACUUCCGGAUGACCGAGAAGCUGGCGCGGUUCGCUCGGCUCCGUCCUAGCUCACCUCCUCGCCUUUUCUCUAGGUCCAGCCUUUUGAUGCCGUUGAUGGGCGCUUCGGGGACGCCAACGACUGUGUUGGUUUCUUCACUGCCGGCAUAAUUUCCAACCUACUGAUUGUUUUCCUCCUGCUUGGAAUCUUUUCCUAUGGACUUUCUAUGGUAAUGGGCAUCCAAACCAACGACGCCUUCGACGACCCCAAGUCCAAAAUGUUGCAGAUCGGAAGUACCACGGACUAG